UGGUUGUCGUAGCGAUGGGUUGGGGCAGGUACCCAGGCGCUUGUAUGCCAGACGGAGCUGAGGUGAGCAUCACUGAACGCACUCCGGACCAGGCGGCUGACGGCGCUAUGGAAACUAACGAUGUAAGCUGCCGAGAGGAUGAGGCUCGCUGUGAGGCAGGUGUGUGAGGGCCAUGUGGAGUGUGUGUGUGGGUCGUGGUUGGCUGACCCCGCCCCUGCGUUGGUGAUGGGGUCAUGGGACUGGCGCAGCCUGUUGUCAGCCUUGAACCUGCCUCAGCAUCCCGCACGCCCCAGGGUCCUACGCCCCCCUGUGUUACCACCCCACACAGCCGUGUGUGCGUGUGUGCAUUAGUCAUUAGCUCUAAUGAGAAUGUCUGAAGCUGUGCUGGAGGAGACAGGUUGUGCCGUGAUGAAAGUCUUUGACAGUGACAGCCUUCACCCUAACGACCUGCCCAAACCCCCCAGCCCCCCACACCCUCAGCCAGACCGCACCCCCACACCGGCCAGCUCCCUGCACAAUGAGGGUGGGAAAGAACAGAACUGCUCACACCUCACUAGCCAACAGCCGUCCCACUCAGGGAGCCAGCCAAUCAGACGUUCCAAGUCAAACGCAAAAGUAAAAUUAGUGCGGAGCUUGGCAGUGUAUGAAGAGUCAUCUCCGCCCGCUAUCACAGAGCCAUUGCAGCGACACCAGGAUAAGUCCCACCUGCAGCUCAGCCAGGCGCUGGAGGAGGAAGUGUCAUGCAGAUCUGAGGAGCACAGCGAGAGGAGUGCAGACAAACCAGAGCGGCCCGACAAACUGCCCCGCAAGACGCUGUCACGAGACCACAGUCAGGAGUACACAGACUCCACAGGCAUAGAUCUACAUGAGUUUCUGGUGAACACACUGAAAAAUAACCCCCGGGACAGAGGGACGCUGCUCAAACUGGAGCAGGAUAUUCUGGAGUUCAUCACCAACACAGAGUCCCAGAAGCGGAAGUUCCCCCCGAUGACAUCAUACCACAGGAUGCUGCUGCACAGGGUGGCCGCCUAUUUCGGCCUGGACCACAACGUCGACCCAACUGGCAAGGCGGUCGUCAUCAACAAAACCAGCAGUACGAGGAUACCAGAUCAAAAGUUCUCUGAGCACAUCAAAGAUGACAAAUCAGAUGACUUCCAGAAGCGCUACAUCCUGAAGAGGGACAACCUCAGCCUGGACCAGGAGGAUAGCCGGCUGCGGAUGCGUCUGAAGGAUGACCGGAGGAGUAAGUCGAUUGAAGAGCGAGAGGAAGAGUACCAGCGAGCGAGGGAGCGAAUCUUUGCGCAGGACGGACAAGAUCACUUCCAGCUCGAUAAAAGAAUUCAGGAGGACUUGAGCUGUCUCAGUACUCAACAGAGGAGACAGUUCUUCAGCAGGGUGCGAGAGGGCUGUUCAGGGAACAGUCGUCAGAGCAGCUCGGAGAAUGAGGCGCGGAGCUGGGAACCUCGGCCAUGGAGCAGCACGGACUCGGACAGCUCUCACCGCAAUGUGAAGCCAGCCAUCAGCAAGGCCAGCAGCUUCAGUGGAAUUAGCCUGCUCGUACGGGGAGACAGCUCUGCCAGCAGCAGCAGACUGUCUAAAACAGGUUCUGACUCUUCUAGUAGCGUAGGUUCAUCCACCGGCUCGUUCUCUCGCCCCGCCUUGUCGUUACCCAUCCCAGGGGCUGCCCAGGCCUCCCGCGGUCCCGCUCCUACCCAGGCGGGACCCCCUCUGGGUGGGCCCGUCAGGCCUGGUGCCAGCGGCCCGGGCCCUCAGAGCUCCAACGCUAGCACUAAUGCAAGCUACUACCUCCUUCCUCUGGAGGGCGCUGCCAUCCCACCUGGCAGCGUGCUGCUCAACGCUCACACAGGUCAGCCGUUUGUAAAUCCAGAUGGCAGUGCUGUGGUCUAUAACCCCAACAUGACAUCACAGCAGGGGAGGGGCCAACAUCCCUUACCUCCGCCUCCUCCACCUCCCCCACAGCACCAGCCAGCCAAUCAUAUUCUGACACAGCAUUGUGGUCAAUCUGUGCAGUACUCAGCAAUUUCUUACCCUCCUCCGCUCCUGCCUGUUCCCCUAAACCAACACUACACUGUGCAACAGCAGCAGCAGGACAGUCUGGGGGGUCAGUUUAGCCAGAUGAGUCUGCUCCGGCAGGGCUCAGGGGAGGGCCAUGAGCCCCAGCCUGGGCUCUUCCCAUCAUGCAUGGUGCUCCAGAACCCCCCAUCUGCUGGGUACUUGCUCCCCCAGCCGGGGCAGCCUGUGCCGGGGCAUGUCUAUCAACCACACACCCCUGCCAACCAGCCCGUCAUCCAGCAGCAAGGCUACAUGCAGCAGCCUAUGCAGCAGAUGUCAGCAUGUUAUUGUGCUCCUGGUCAAUUCUCCCACUCUGGACAGCACUACAGGGCAGUUACACCAGUACACUACAGUGCCCACCAGAGCCAGCCACUUCCACUGCAACAACCAGGUUAUCAGGCUGUCAUGGCCAGUCAGCCACCAAGCUACCAAGGCAUGAUGGGAGCUCAGCAGCCUCAGGGUCAUUCACUGGUCGGUGGCCAGACUGGCAUGGCCAAUCAGAUUCAGGGUGUUAUGUUGCAAUACCCACACAUGUCUCCCUAUCAAGUGUCUGUACCCCAGGGUUCCCAGAGUGUUUCUCAGCCAGUUUAUCAGCAACAGAUUGUCCUGCAGGGACAGCCCAAUCAGACGCCAGUACCCACAGCUAGCAUGCAGGUCUACUGCAGCGUCCUGCCCCCCGGACAGCAUGCCACUCUUAGCUCAACCGUGGGCUUUCUCCCCCCUCCGGGUUCAGAACAGAUGCCGUUCCCCAGGUCCGCCUCCCCCUGUGGCUCUCAGCCAAUCCCUGGCCAGCAGUGCUCAGGUGUGCCUCCGCCACCCCCUAAUGGCAGUGUGCUGAUGAUGCAGCUGAGCAUGCCACCCAGCCAGCAACCAUCACCCGCCCAAUGGAAGCAGAACAAAUACUACAGCCUUGACCAGCUGCAGCACCACGGGCCCAAAGCACCUGAGCUCCGCCCCCUAGACACUUCGCAGCGAAGUCCACAGCAGUCUAGCCCCUCCCCUUCCCCCGCCCACUCUCCUACUGCGGCACAUCUGGCUAAUCUAAAGGGAAUCCAUCCUGGCCUUGGCCAACUUCCCAUAAUGCCUCAGUUUUCUCGACCCUUCAUCCCAGGUGAUGGCAGGUAUCCUUUGCUAGGACAGCCUCUUCAGUACAACCCUCCAAUCAGACCUCCACUAAUGCACAGCUCCAACAUGGUUAAUCACCACCAGGCUCCGCUGGGCAUGCGGCAUGGGGCCCGUGGACGAAGACCUACAAAGAAAUCGCUGUCAACGGACAUGAAUACAGGAGAGAUAGUGAGCAGUCGUGUGUUGGAGGUGACGGACCUUCCCGCUGGGAUCAGUCGUUCAGAGGCGGACUCUUUGCUGGGGGAGCUGGGUAAGGCAGGAGCAUUCAUAAAAUGGCUGCCAGAGACCCGUUCCUCUCAACGCCUGGACACCACCAAUAAAGAGACAGCGGAGGCUCAGACCCGUGACCUGGCCUCCACCUACACCAUCCUGGCCAUGUUCCCCUCAAAGUACGAAGCGCAGAGCGCCUUAGUCAAACUGAACACCUCCAUCACUGCAUUCAGACUGAAGUCCAGCAGGAGACAUGACGAGGCCCACACGCUAGAGAGAGCCAGCUCUCAGUGAGGCCACACUCCCUCACACUCCCCAUCCAAACACAACCAUUGCCUCAACCUCACUUCCUGCCAUCCUCACAUACUAGGUUUUUUGGGGGGUUUUUUGGGUUGUUGUUUUUUUGUUUUUUUUUUUACAUUUUAUUUUUGCACCACUUGAAUGGGUUUCAUACUGCAGGGCCUGUUACUUGGGUUUGUUAAAAUAGGAGGGGGGGGGGUUGGUGAAUGGGGGGGAAAAAGAAUGGUGUUCUAACAGCUUGAAAUGGACGUUGUAAUCCACCUCAAAAUGUUAUUUAAUGAAACCAAAAAACAAAACAAAAAAAAAAAAGAAAUUUUUUUUUUUGCAGUUUUCUAUAGACUCUGAGAUGCUUUACUGCAAAGGCAGCAUGGUGACUGGCCAUCCUAGUUUUGUACUGCAAAACAGAAGCUUUGUGCUCCAGCUCCGGUAAGAGGCGCCCUAGUGGUCUGCGCGUCCCUCCUGUCUGCUGCUCCCCAGCACGGGCCAAGCGAGCGUGCUGGGGCAGCUUCCACUCUCCGUGCCUUCAGCCCUCGCUGCACUCACGCUCUCGCAGAACACGACAGAUGCCAUUCAGAAAACAAAAUAAAAAAUGGCGUGAUGAUUGGUAUCAUCUGUUAAUGCAUAAUUGAUUUUUUUCACUUGAAUGUCAUCUGUGUUCAGGCACAAACGGAAACUGAUAGUGGUUCAGACUGGUUUGGUGUUUUAACUUUAUUUAUAAGAUGACGAUGGUGUUUGUGUUUGUGGGUGUUUUUUUGUUUUUGUUUUGUUUUUUGUUUUAAAUUAUUAUUUUUAUUUUCACUCCAGCCACCACCUUUCCUAUCCACCCCCCCCCACCCCCCACAACUGUUAAAUAUAGGUUAAAGAAAAAGUUUCAUACCUCAACCCCUUCUCCUCCCUUUUUUUGUUGGUUGCAAAGUUUGUGGAAUAUGAGAGGCUGGAAGAUGUUUUUUAUUUCACAUUUGAAACCAAUAAAUGUUUACACCAAACAGUGUGAGCUGUCAAAGGAUACAGUUGGUCAGUAUUGAAUGAAGCUGUACACAGUCUCUGGGACAUGCUCAUUAUGCUUACACCACAGGUACAAAAAAAUAAAAUAAAAUAAAACA